AUGGUUGAACCUUAUUUCCUUCAUCGUUUUAUAGUUUCUGAGUGUGAAACUCACAGGAGUUUUAUAUUCCCGAUCUCACAACUGCUAAUCGAAUAUUUCUCCAUUAUUUGCAUCUAUCUAUCUAUCUAUCUAUCUAUCUAUCUAUCUAUAUUGUUCGUAUCUAUCACAAACUGGUCGUAUCCAUCUAUCUAUCUGUCUAUCUCAAAUUGUUCGUAUCUAUCUAUCUAUCUCAGAUUAUUCGUAUCUAUCUAUCUCAAAUUGUUUGUAUCUAUCUAUCACUCUCUCUCUCUCUCUCUAUAUAUAUAUAUAUAUAUAUAUUUGUUUCUAUCUAUCUCAUAUUGUUUCUUAUCUAUCUAUCUAUCUAUCUAUCUAUCUCAGAUUGUUUCUUAUCUAUCUAUCUAUCUAUCUCAGAUUGUUUCUUAUCUAUCUAUCUAUCUAUCUCAGAUUGUUUCUUAUCUAUCUAUCUAUCUAUCUAUCUAUCUCAGAUUGUUUCUUAUCUAUCUAUCUAUCUAUCUAUCUCAGAUUGUUUCUUAUCUAUCUAUCUAUCUAUCUAUCUCAGAUUGUUUCUUAUCUAUCUAUCUAUCUAUCUAUCUCAGAUUGUUUCUUAUCUAUCUAUCUAUCUAUCUAUCUAUCUAUCUCAGAUUGUUUCUUAUCUAUCUAUCUAUCUAUCUAUCUAUCUAUCUCAGAUUGUUUCUUAUCUAUCUAUCUAUAUAUAUGUCUUCUUUUCCUUCCUUCCUAUCUAUCUAUCUAUUUUAUCUAUCACACUGUUCCUAUCUAACAAACUUUUCCUAUCUAUCUAUUACACUGUUUAAAUCUAUAUCUAUCUAUCUCAUUCUUUUUGAUAAUAUUCAUCUAUCUAUCUAUCUAUAUAUCUUAGUAUGCUCAUAUCUAUCUAUCUAUAUAUAUAUAUAUCUUAGUAUGCUCAUAUCUAUCUAUCUAUCUAUAUAUCUUUGUAUGCUCAUAUCUAUCUAUCUAUAUAUCUUAUUUCGUUUUCUAUCUAUCUAUCUGUCUGUCUGUCUAUCUAUCUAUUCACCUCAUCCUUUACAUUAUCUAUGUCUGUAUGUCUUUAUCUCUGUCUAUCUAUCUAUUCACCUCAUCCUUUAUAUUAUCUAUGUCUGUAUGUCUUUAUAUCUAUCUAUCUGUAUGUCCUUUAUCUUAUCUAUGUCUAUCUAUCUCUGUUCAUCUAUCUAA